CAAAUAAGGUUGCAGUGUUUAUAUGUUAGCUUAACCCGUUGGUGUCACAUAAUGAAGAUAUAAGUCUAGUGUUACUUAGUCAACGGCCAUAUAUUUGCCAUGGCUACUUUAUGGGGCUCUAAAGUAUUCUCGUAUCGCGGUUUGUUGUCGAGAAUAAGUAGGACAGUCCCUGCGAGCGGCCUUGAUCUAAGGAGUUUAUGUCCGUGUCAAGGUGAAACAGCUUUGUGUAGACAAACAAGCUAUCCCUGGUGGAAUGCUGCCGAGAGGCCUUUUUCUCAUGGCGGUGGGUCAGUUGUGGAGCAGCAGACCCUGAAUAGCAUUGCGAAGAACAUCCAAGAGCAGCAGUACAAGAGAGUGGUUGUGAUGGCCGGGGCAGGGAUUAGCACACCCAGUGGCAUCCCAGAUUUCAGGUCACCUGAUAGCGGUCUCUAUGACAACCUGCAAAAGUAUAAUCUGCCUUAUGCUGAGGCUAUUUUUGAAAUUAACUUUUUUCACCACAAUCCUAAACCAUUCUUUGCUCUGGCCAAAGAGUUGUAUCCCGGAAAUUACCUUCCUAAUUCUGCACACUAUUUUGUGCGGCUGCUUCAUGAGAAGGGUCUGCUUCGCAGGAUGUACACACAGAAUAUCGACGGCUUGGAAAGAUUGGCAGGGAUCCCUCCUGACUUGCUUGUGGAGGCCCACGGGACAUUUGCCACGGCCUCCUGCACUGUUUGCAGACGCAAAUACGAGGGAGAAGAACUACGACCAGACUUGAUGAGCGGAGUGAUUCCUAAAUGUCCGACUUGUAAGGGCAUUGUAAAGCCAGACAUCGUUUUUUUUGGGGAGGAGCUGCCACUUCAAUUCUUCAAUUAUCUGACAGACUUUCCACUCGCAGAUCUCCUCAUCGUUAUGGGCACAUCACUGAAGGUGGAGCCCUUUGCCAGUCUCGCUGGAGCUGUGCGUGGAUCUGUUCCUCGACUCCUCAUCAACAGGGACCUCGUAGGCCCAUUUGCAUUGAGGAACCGUCGACAAUGUGACGCUGUGCUGCUGGGUGACGUGGUGAGCGGCAUCCAAAUUUUGGUUGAUGCUCUCGGUUGGACUCAGGAGCUGGAUGCUCUGAUGGCAGGUGCCACUAAGAAAACUGAAACAAAGACUACUGAAGAAUGAUGGCUUUCCGAAGAUUAGCACCCUGUUGUUCUCCAGAUGAGCACAUCUUGAAAGAAAUAGUGAAAAGUGGACCACAUUUGCAUUAACUUCACUUACUGUACAUGUAUUGCAGAUGUAAAAACAUAUAAAACAAAUGUGAAAUCAAAUAUCAAGUUACACAAAGGUUAGAUAAAUUGUAUACAGUGUUCCCUCGUUUAUCGCAGGGGAUAGGUUCCCAAAACAGCCCGCAAUAAGUGAAAUGUGCCAAGUAGCCAAAUAUAUUUUUAUUUUAAGGUUGUAAAACCCCUUACCAUGCACUUUAUACACUUUUCUCAUACAGGCAUUAACAUUUUAUCACAUUUCUCUGUUUUUUUUAAACACUCUCAAAGUUCAAACUUAGUUUGAAUUUUAACGAUCAACUUCCGAGAUUGGACACAAGAAAUAAAGUGACUCACGCAUAUUUCACUCCUCUGAUCAUGGCUUGUCCUGGCGCCGUCAGGUUGUAGCGUUUUUGUAUCGUUGUUAAAACAUAUUACUCCUCCUCGUCCUCCAUGAACCGAAGUUUCAUUUAUAGCAUUCCAGGUGCCCUACAGCCGCGUAACUUCUGCCUUCAUUCAGCAUGUAUGAUCGCUCGCAGCUAGCUAGCAGCUAGCGAUUAUACAACAGGAAACAGGCAGUCCUGCACGAAGGAGAUUGAUUGACAAUGGUCUACAGCCAUCAGAAUGGAGAACACAAAGGUCGGAUUCUCCCUUAGCCAAUCAGGACUGUUGUGGCUCUAUAUUUAAUGAGAUGAACUGGACACGUCUGGCCACGUCUUCAACUCUCACAUGAGUAUACAACACUCUCUACUGAUAGCUGUAGUAAAUACAAUAAUAGACACAUAGAACAGAGCACCGAUAGAUCACUCUAAUACAUCACAAGGACGCAGAACAGAAUGUGUGUUCAUACGCUAUUAAAAAAAAAAAAGUGCAAAAUUGCACUUAAAGAAAUCAGUGAAAGCUGAACCGUGAUGUAGCAACACUGAACAUAUUAGAUGAUGAGAGAAAAUGCUUAAAAAAAAAAAAAAAAAGUACUUUUGUGUUUUUUAAUUUCUGGCCAUUUUCUAAUUUAUUCCCUCUGAAAAUAGGCUGUUUUUUUCCACAGAAAAAACAUCUCAUUCACCAUAAGUUGGUAACAAUUUAUAGAUACACCAUAAUACAGGUAAAAUGUACAGCAUACCCCUACCACUGUUAGAAAGCGCACAAUUUUUACGUUUGUGUCUUUAUUCUUAACUGAUAAUGUUUUUCAUUAAGCAUUGAGAUUUUGCACAUACUUGUUUGCUGAGAUGCAAAAGUGAAACUUAUACCCUCCUGAUUAAAAUUCUAAGACCAAUUGAAGAAUUGUUAGAGUUCACACUUUGCACUGUUGGCUCUUAAGGAGGAUCAAAGUAGAGGUUCAGAAUGCAAAAAGAAGAAAUGGGAGUGAGACAAAAAAAAUGUUUGAGUAAAAAAUUUAUUGCAAACAACAAACCGAAACAGGAUGUUCAUUAGCUGACCAAGAGUUUAAGACAAUAUCUCAAAAAAACAACAACCCAAAAACCCCCUAAAAUGGAAAUGAAUUGUUCAAAAAAGGAGUCAGUAAUGAGCUAAGUAAUAGCUACACCAUUCUUAUUAAUCACCUCAAAAAUUGGUUUGGGCAUGCUUGAUACCAGUGUUUCCCGGAGGCUAGUGGAAAUGUUGCUUCAGAUGGUGAAGAUGGCUUCACACAGGGCAUCCACUGUCUGGAACCGAUGUCCAUUUUUGUAAACUUCCCUUGCCAUCCAUCCCAUCCAAUGUUCUCAAUUGGAUUUAGAUCAGGGGAACACGCAGGAUGGUCCAAAAGAGAGGUUAUUCCUUUGGAAGAAUUCCUUUGUCAGGCGAGCAUUGUGAACUGCAGUGUUGAAAAAGCCAGUCAUUGCCACACAGAGAGAGGGCCUUCAGUCAUGAGGGAUGCCCCCUGCAACAUCUUCACAUACCCAGCUGCUGUUUGACCACCCUGCACAACCUGAAGCUCCGUUGUUCCAUUGAAAGGAACGACCCCAGAUCAUGAUGGCGCCCCCUCUACUGUGCUGUGUGGAAAACAUCUCAGGUGGAAUCUCUUUGUCAUGCCAGUAAAGUUGGAUGCCAUCAAGACCGUCAAGGUUACAUUUUUCUCAUCAGAGAAUAAAAUGUUCUUCCACCUUUCAAUGGACCAUGUUUGGUGCUCUUGUGCAAAUUCCAAAUGGGCAAUUUUGUGGCGUUGAAGGAGACAAGGCCUUUGAAGAUGUUUUUUUUCUCCUUAAAACCGUUCUCUUACAGAUGCCGUAUGAUGGUUAUUGGACUGCACUUUGCACCAGUAACAACCUUCAUUUGGGCCGAGGAUCGUCGCAUGUCUUGAUGGCCAGCCAAUGGGAUCCUCCCUCUCAUGGACGGUCAUAUUUUUUUGGGUCUACCACUUGCCUUUUCUGUUCCAUAACCCUUAGGAUCUUUGAAGAAGUUUCAAAUGACUGUCUUACUGCAUCCAACCUUAACAUCAAUGGCAUGCUGCUAGAACCCUUGUUUAUGUAGCUCAGCAAUCCGACCGCGUUGAGAGAGAAAGUGUUUUUUCUUUUGCCAUGACGAAAUCUUGACAGUGUGAAUACCUGACGGAAAAUGACAAUGAAUCCACAUUGUUGCCAAGAUUUUGGCCUUUAAAGGCUGUGGUCUUAACAUUUUGAUCAGCUGAUGAACAACCUAUUUCACUUUCAUGCUUGUUUGCAAUACAUUUCUCACUCAAAACAUUUUUGGCUCACGC